UACAGACCGUGCUGAGAACAGAGCGCACAUCCAGCAGCAGCAGCGGCAGCAGCGAUGGAUCAACAGUGAGAUCCAGAUUCCAGUUUAACUUCAGUUAAAGAAACAGAGGAAAUUUCCCGUCGCCAUGGCGCCACAUCCUGUGGUCCAGGCCAUUAUAGAUCUGUCAGCUGGAGCCAUAGGUGGCGCUGCGUGUGUGUUCAGUGGUCAGCCGCUGGACACGGCGAAGGUGAAGAUGCAGACGUUUCCCGGGCUUUACCGUGGCUUCAUCCACUGCUUCCUCUCCACCUACAGACAGGUGGGGUUAAAGGGGCUGUACCAGGGCACUAGCCCCGCCCUCAUGGCCAACAUCGCCGAGAACUCCGUCCUCUUCAUGAGCUACGGCUUCUGCCAGCAGGUGGUGCGCCUCACCUGCGGCCUGGAGGAAGGGGCGGUCCUCAGUGAUCUGCAGAAGGCGUGUGCGGGGUCUGUAGCCUCUGUUUUCUCCUCUCUGGUUCUUUGUCCCACUGAGUUGGUGAAGUGCAGACUGCAGGCUAUGCACGAGAUGGCAGCGUCCGGCCGGAUCACCGCCGCACAGAAUUCGGUGUGGUCUGUUAUCAGGUCGAUCGCUCAGAACGAGGGUCCUACAGGAUUUUUCCAGGGUCUGAUCCCCACCAUCGCCCGCGAGGUGCCCGGGUACUUCUGCUUCUUCGGGGCGUACGAACUCUGCCGAACUUUCUUCUCAGAAAAAAUGCAGUGCAGUAAAGAUGAUAUAGGUGUAGCUUCCAUUGUGUUCAGCGGUGGUGUUGGGGGGGCGUGUCUCUGGCUGGUGGUUUAUCCAAUGGACUGCGUGAAAUCCAGAAUCCAGGUGAUGUCCAUGACCGGCCGACAGGCGGGAUUCUACACCACCUUCAUGCAGAUCUUCAGAACCGAAGGUGUUCGCGCUCUGUAUUCUGGUCUCACUCCGACGAUGAUCCGAACAUUCCCGGCGAACGGAGCGCUGUUCCUGGGAUAUGAAGCUAGUCGGAAAAUGAUGAUGUCACAGUUUGAUAGUUAACGUUAAAUUUAACGUUAAAUAUCUCGUUACAUCUUUUUUUUUAACUUCAAGUGCUGCUUUUCUUCUAUUAUCCAGAUUAACUCGUUACGUAGAAUUCACUACGAUCUGGUUUUAAUUCUAUUUAUUUUUAUUUUAGACGUUUAUUUUAAACAACGUAACUGCCAUGCUUCAAUUUACGCACAAGUGUAUUAUUUUAUGUAGGGAUGCAUCGAUUAGGGAAUUGUACAGAUCAGUGUUAAUAUUCAAUAUAAUCCAAAACGCUAAAAAAAAACGAAAUUCUGUUCACAUUUUGCAUUAAUCUGCAUUUUUGGUUGAAUUAGAUCAUUAUACGAUCUCAUAAAAACAGCUAUAAACACUCCAAGAUCUCACUGUGAUCAGAUCCUAAUCGGAUUUCAGUAACUCGUUUUGAUGCUUCAGAUACAAAAUUCUUAAUUUUAGCAUU